GCAGCUGAGAUUGGCAUAACUUUGGGAACGUGCAAACCUCUGGGGUGUUGUCACGCAUUUACACACUGGGACUGUUUUUUCAUUUGCAAGCAUGAUUCCCGAGGAAAGCUUUGGUUCCAUCGAGAACAGGAUGCAGUCGGUAGGUCUGGCUCUGGAGGAGUUGCUGGUAACUGCUCAGAAACAAGGCUGCCUUACUGUUGGCAUUUAUGAAUCAGCCAAGCUUCUUAAUGUAGAUCCAGACAGUGUGGUAUUGUGUGUCCUGGCAGCUGAUGAUAAAGACGAUGUGGCACUGCAGAUCCACUUCACGCUGCUACAGUCCUUUUGCUGUGACAGCGAUAUUACCAUCCUGCGAGUCUCGGGUGUUCAGCGACUCCAGCAGCUGCUGGGAGCUGUGGAUGCCAACAGGAACCAGGAAGAGCACAGAGACCUGCACUGCAUGCUGGUUACGAAUCCUCAGGCAGAUCACUGCAGACUACAGGAAGUGGGGACCUACUGCCAGGAGAGUCGACGCCUUGAUCAGUGGGUUCCUGAACUAGUCCUGCAGGAACGCUGAAGGAUCUGCACAUAGGAUCUAUUUGGGUCCAGAUACUGAUAAACUGAAGGAUCUUUAUGCUUAGGCAGGGAUGAUCUGGAGGCUAGCUGCUCCAGUCCAUUACCCUUAAUGCCAGGCAAAGCCAUGAACUCCCACUCAAAGACUAGUGAAACAGCUGGACUGUACUCUGGUUUCUAAAAUCUGUAUUUAUACAAAGAUACAGAGAGAAAAGUCACAUUGUUUUUACAAUGCCAUUAAAACACAGUCAGUUUCUAUUUUGUGCUGCUCUUUGGAUACUCACAAUGUUUAUAGGGUGUGACAUAAUAGUCACCAAGAAGAGUAGUAGUUUUGAAAGCAAGAUAUCCACACCCAGCUUAUACCUGGAAUGUUUGUUUGUUUAAAUGGACAAGACAGGAAUGCUGCAAUGCUGAAACUGUACCUGACAUUCCUGGGAGACGAGUCGCAGGAAAGGAGAGGAGAGGUGUGUGUGUGUGUGUGUUUGUAUGUGUGGUAUGCAUAUACAAUACUUGUAAUUUUCUGUAGAAAAGACUGGGUGUGCAGUGUGUGCAUUCCUGAAAUGAGCAGCUGCAACUGCUGGGGAAUGCAAUUGUCACCAUGGAAACUGAAAUGGAAAUAAUGUUAAAGACACAAAGGACCUAUUGGCAUUGCAGAACCAACAGGGGGAAAAAAAGGACUGCAAAGGGGUUCAGAACAUGAUGUAUAUUAGAGAAUGACUGUGCUGUCUGAGCUGGACAGGUCAGCUUUAAAUGAUUGUACUGUAAAAGAGUCAACUUCUUUGUGCCUUCAAGAGCGCUGCCUUUCUGAUAAAUAACUAAUGUUAAGUGACUACACUGUUAAUUUAUUGAUUGUAUCCUUUGUUUUGUAGUUGUUUGUGAUCUAUUUUG